UCACUCACUCACACUCACAGACACAGAGACAGACCGACAGGAGACAAUCAGAGAGAUCCUCCACACACCCAGAGAGACCAAACACAACCAGGAACCACCAGUCUCCAAGCCCAGAGAACACCCACAGCGACUCGGUAUACCUCCACUGACCUGAGCCACAGCUUGUGGAAGGCACAACUUUUUGGACACACACACACACACACUCUCAGAAGAGCCGACAGGAUGCAGGUGUGCACCGUUAUGGAGAAGCAGGCUGGCAGGGUGGUGGGCGCCCAGCUGAGCUGUACCGUGCAGGAGGACAACCCCAAACAGAGGGAGAGCUACACCGCUAACUGGCACAGCGUCAAGAUGAGGACGCAGCACCAAGACAGGCAGUCCAUGCUGAUGUCAGAUGACUCUCGGCGCGAGUCCAUGACGCGCCACUGGGAGUGCCGUCCCCUGCACCAGAACUGCCCGUCCGGCGUGUACCGCGUGGGCACCAUGGAGACGGGGGUCCGUGAGCACCAGCUGCUGCCCCAGCGCAACACCCUGCCCCUGCCCAUCUUCAAGCCCGUCGAGCUGGGCGUCCGCCUGGGCCGCGGCGCAGCGCACGUCCCCGAGGACUUCGUCCCCGCCCAGGCCCCCUCCGGUGCCUGCCCCGACAAGAAAGCCAUCAGCGAGCUCACCCGAGACCUGCCGCCCGUCAAGCCCACCCGCAUGGAGUUCGCCAAGGCGCCCAGAACCCUUGGACGCUCCAUGUCACAGGAGGCACAGAGGGGGUGAAGAAAAGAGCGAGAGAGAGAGAGAAAGAAGGGAUGAGGAGAAAAACAUAUCAGAGAAAAUAUGGACUUUUGUAGAUGGUGAGAGACGGAACCAGAGGGGGAGAGUAGAACGGGCUUAACGUUUCCAACAGAGUAGUAGACCUAUUGUCACAGUAUACACUAUGUAUGUAUAGAAUGAACUGUGCUUCAGUAUAAUUUAGACACGCUGCUCCCACUCCCUCCCCAACUAGGCUGCCUGACAAAAUGAAGCCUUUGAAGCCUGAAAGCUGUUUGACUGUGAGUCUACUAGUUUUAUACUCAACACAUCAUUUGCACUGUUUCAUAGAUAAGGCCCUUUAAAACAAUAUCCGACCCCCCCCCCCCCACCCCCCCGAUGGUAUGACCGGAAUUCUAGAAGCCCAGUUGUCCCAGCUAUGUGGCUGAAUAGUUUGAGUGUGAGGGCAGAUGCUACGUCUACUCAGUGAGAGACAGAGGAGAGGUCACGUUACUGUUUCCUCAGCUGCUGUUAAUCCCAGCAUAUGCUGGCCGGGAUUAAAGCAGAUCUCUGAGGCCGAGGAACCACUGCAGGUGGGCGAGGCUCCAUUUAGAGAAUGUUCCCAAUGGAGAAAAUGUUACAACUACUGACCUAUUUACAUUUGAUAUUUGUGGAAUGAUUUUAAUUCAAAACAAACAAAGACACCAUGGAACUGAAUAUUACUCUAUGUGUUAAAAAGAAGAAGAGGAACUGAUUUAAAUCUAUGGUAUGAAGGCAUGAAGACAGGCAGAAAGAGAGAGAGAUACAAAGAUAGAGAGAUAGAGGAAGAGAGAUGGGUAUUGGCAAGAGAGCAGACAUGGAAAUAAAGGGAGAGACAGCAUAACUGUGGGUAUUAAGACUGGACAUCCCUUGGCUGUGCUCCCGGUCCCCUUUCACAACAACAUACUGGUCACUACCCUGACCAGACCUCUGGCAGUCCUUCUCAAAGCAACACAGGAACAGCACAGAGGGAUGUGUGAGUGCAUUAGUAUAUGGGGAUCAAGUUUUAGUGUUCCACAAGCUCACAUCCCACAUCCCAUAAUAUAGCUUGGUUACUAUAGUGAGUGUCUUUUAACUUGCACUAAGCUGUGUCAUAGAGAAUAGUAUCAUAACUUCUGUCACAAAUUAUUGCAUCUUCUGAAUGGUUGUUGCUUUGAUGUGAAAUACUGAACAAGCAUCUCAAAUGUAUUUGUUGUUAAUUGUUUUUUCUUUUCUUUAAAAUACUCAUGUGAAAUGUCAUGUUAAAUAAAUGUUUUAUUUUUCUGUAAGUAAAAGAUCAAAUCAAAUAAAAAUAAUAAAAAAGAAACAAUUAAAAAAAAUAACAUAUUGCUCCAGCCCCCUCUAUAUAUUACAUAUCACUCCUUGUUAUCCUUUCAUCAGUGACACGUAUAUUGUUGUCUGUGUCAACAGAAAUUCCAGGGCAUCAUUGAAAUACUGAAUACAGUAUUGGGCAUUUAACCACCAUAUACUCCACAAAUCCUUCUUUUUAAUAAAUGUCUGUAACAUGA